AUGGCUAUUAAGAAAAGAAAUACCUUGAGAAAUAAGGCGGCCAAUAGAGGUUCUACCCAAACAAAUAAUGUUGAAACAAAUAUACUAAAUAAUGCAACUUCCAUCUUGGAAAAGCUUCCUGAAGAUCCAAAAGCCUUUUUGCAUCAGCCAAAGGAGUCGAAAAAGGAUAAGAUUCUGAAUAAGCAGAGCUCCUUCCUAUCACAGGUUCAACAAAAAGCAUUAAAAGUAAAUCCAUCAUUGUCUGGUAUUUCCAAAUCGUCCGCUAGACGUAGAAAGAGAAAGAUGAGAGAUGAAUUAAAGCCAAAGAUGCAAGAUCUUUUGACUUCCUUGGAUCAAGAGGAAGAUUUGAAGCAAAUAAGUAAUGAUUUAAAGAAGAGACAAGCAGAAGUGUUAAAAGUUUAUGGUAAUAAUAAUAAUAAUAAUAAUAAUAAUAAUGCUAAUGAUAAUGAUGACAUGGAUAUAGAUAAUACUGCUAAAAAUAACGUUACAAAUAUUAUUCGAAAAUCAUCUUAUUUGAAGGCUAAUUCUGUGAUUGAACCAGGUAGUAUUAAAAUAAAGAAAAAUGCGCCAAGCAUUAGAAAUCAGAAGGGUUCUAAACUAUUGACUGUGAACGAAACAAAAAGGUUCAACGAAGUGUUAACCAACCAAGUCUUCCAAAAGAACCCAUUUGGUUCUUUAAGAGAGCUGAUUAAAAUGCAGAAGUAUUAA